CGAAUGUCGCAUUAUUUGUCGGUACUUUUAGCGCAGACAAUAAAGAAAGGUUGAAUUUCAUUUUAGGCGUACAACACAGUUCGGAGGCGACGAAAAUUAGCUCCCAAUCGAAAUUAUACGGGAUGGCCAACGUCGUACAAUAGUGACAUAAACUGCGGUUCAAUAACUUCCCUCAGCAAAACGAGGACACUGCUGGAUCAGCCAAAAUUUUGAGUGGAAACUUUACGAAGCUCUCACGGUAAGACUGAUUUUGGUAAGAAGUAGUGUUCUCCGCAGGAUGUCCGAUCACGGUUGUGCUCAUUUUGCGGCUUUUGUAAAGGAGUAUGGGCUGGAAUCGUUCAGCGUGGUGCAUUCCUAUUUCAGCACCUGCAUCAACAAGGAUGCCCGGCGUCGGAAGGCUUUGUCCUGCCUGUGCUACAAGUGUGGUAGUUCCGGUCCGCAGCUGUAUUCGUGCUUACAGUGUAUCUAUUUCGGUUGCAAGGGUGCACACAUCAACGACCACUGCAAGCAGACCAAGCAUUACAUCGUGCUGGAACUGUGCUAUGGAAUGAUCUUCUGCUAUCAGUGUAAGGAUUUCAUCUACGACAGCGAAUGUCAAGCGGUAGCUGAGAAGCACAUUAGGAAGGAAGCGAAAAGCUUGAACAAGAGUUUGUCCUGGAGACCGUGGUCGCCUUCGAAGCUGGAGAUUGAUUUGCUACUGAAGAAUCCAAAACGCCGCCAUGUUACGGCAUUUACCAGUAUUGGCCUACGAGGGCUGUUGAACCUGGGCUCGACCUGCUUCAUGAACUGUAUCGUUCAGGCAUUGAUUCAUACUCCUCUUCUAAGGGAUUACUUCCUUUCCGAGAGACACGAAUGUACCACAAAAACAGCUGCCAAAUGUCUUGUGUGCGAGGUGUCGAGACUGUUCCAAGAGUUUUACUCGGGUGCCCGAGGACCCCUAUCGCUGCAUAGAUUACUGCAUUUAAUAUGGAACCACGCACGUCACCUAGCUGGGUACGAGCAGCAGGAUGCUCACGAAUUUUUCAUUGCUACGCUGGAUGUUCUCCAUCGCCACUGUAAGAUAUCAAUGAACGAAAUUGCCGCAGCUGCAGCAGAAAAAUCGAAACAGUCCCAGCCACAGCUGCAACAGCAAGAAAAUCCAACCCAGUGUAACUGCAUCAUCGAUCAGAUCUUUACCGGAGGUCUUCAAAGUGAUGUCGUUUGUCAGGCUUGUAACGGAGUAUCAACAACGAUCGAUCCAUUCUGGGACAUUUCGCUGGAUUUGGGCGAAGCUCAGAACCAGGGAUACGGUGGCCCACCGAAAUCGUUGAUUGACUGCCUGGAACGCUUCACACGGGCAGAACAUCUUGGUUCCAGUGCAAAGAUCAAAUGUUCCAGCUGCAAAACCUAUCAGGAAUCGACGAAGCAACUCUCCAUGCGUACACUGCCAAUCGUAGCCAGCUUCCAUCUGAAGCGUUUCGAACAUUCUAGUUUGAUCGACAAAAAGAUCUCGACCUUCAUCUCAUUCCCAUCGGAGCUGGACAUGACUCCAUUUAUGUCGAAAAAGAAGUCUGAACAGUCGCAAUCGUCCGGGUCUUCUUCUUCUUCGUCUUCAUCGAAAGCCAAGUCUUCGGAUCGAAAGCACGGUGCCACGGCAGGAACCGGCAGCAGCAGUGGAAGUUGUCCUGGAAAUGACGAUGACCAGAGCAACAGUCGACUCCCGCACGACACCAGUGACUUCCGCUAUUCACUGUACGCGGUCAUCAACCACGUGGGAACGUUGGACGCUGGACAUUACACGGCGUAUGUUCGACACCAGAAGGACAUCUGGGUGAAGUGUGACGACCACAUUAUAACGACUGCCACACUCAAACAGGUGCUGGAUAGCGAAGGUUACCUGCUAUUUUACCACAAGAAGAUUCUCGAAUAUGAAUAAACAACAAACAACAGUACUAAUGCUGCGUGGCAUAGUCGAGCAUAAACGGAAACGUGGAUGGUGUGAUUCAUAGGGAUAGACGUGUUAGUGAGCCCAUUAAGAUUCGAACUAAGGAUAUACUCUCCUACAACUUAUUUCACUACUAGAUUGUAAUCAAACAAUUAUGAAAUAAAGUCAUGACUUUCAUUUGUAAAAGUGACGGAAUA